CCUUUCUCUCUCUCUCUCUUUCUCACUCCUAACAUCCCCCCAUGUUCAUUUCAUCAGUGAUCUAUUGAAUCAUUUCUGGUUGUCUGGCUAGCAUUCCCUCAGGCCGGCCCUUUGAAGUUCUCUCGUUUGUUCGCCUUUAUGUCUCAACCCCACAGCUUCUAUACAAAUCCGAUCUCACCUCAUGGAGAUUCAAACGGUCAUCUGCUCACAGGCAAAGCCUCCCUCGUCAGCCCCGCAAUCCGCCACUCCCGCACCUGAGAAACGGAAGCGGGUUCGCCGAUGGCAUCACCGGGGUUUUACAGGCUGUUCGACAUGUCGUCGACGUCAUGUCCGCUGCGAUGAAGCUUCUCCAUCGUGCAAAAAUUGUACUCGCUUAGGUCUUGAAUGUGAUGGGACGCAAGGUCGGAUGACCUUCAAAGUCUAUGGGCCACCGCAGGCCCCAGAAUCCUCUUCGACAGCGCCCAAAAAGCGAGAGACCAAAAAGCCUGUUUCACGGGUCCUGGAUACAACCGAUGGAAAUAGGUUGAUUAAGAUUGAGCCGGGAGAAGAUGAUGAAUCGUAUGAUGCCCUUGUCGUCUCUCCCACCACCAUCUCCGAAUCGAAGCCUAUGAAAUACCGGUUUCAAGAGCCCAUUUCACCCGCUGUAUUUAUGUCUUCCUCAUUAGAUUGUGUGGAUGGUCGCUAUUACACUCAUUUUGUCGACUCGGUGGCGACCUUGCUACUCAUCUACGAUAAUUCGAUUAACAUCAAUCCGUACCGACGGUAUUUCCCCGAAUUGGCCCGGUCAUCGCCAACCAUGGCCAACGCUAUGCAGGCGCUAGGAGCAUUACAUCUCGCAAAUACAUCCAGGGGUCAACAACGAAAUCUGCACUUUCAGCGGGCCAUGGGCAAGUAUGGAGAGGUGGUGAAAUCUUUCCGCACACGAUAUACGCAGCCCGACCAGAAUCUACAAUUAACAGACCUCGCCACUUGCUUGUUGCUCUCUCUUUUCGAAAUGAUGGACUCUCAACAUGAUAAUUGGAAUAUCCACCUCAAAGGCGCUCGUGAAAUAUAUCGUCUACUCUUUCUUCCGAACAGUGACCCGGCCAAAGAAGCCCAACGUGUUGCUGAAAUGAAUCAUCCACUUCGACAAUUUCUUGUCUCCCUUCUUUCGUACCUCGAUGUCGCGGGCGCUUGUGCUACUAGUGAAGGCACUGUGGUUGAAGGCAGCUACUGGAGAACGCACGGCGGCGGCUGGGAAUAUAACCUGGGUAUCCCAAGUCUCUCGGCUGAUACACCCCCAGAGAACCCUCUUCUUGUGGAACUGCGCCAGUGCUGGUCCCAGAUGAUGGAAAUUCAAGUGGCUAUCAGUUCUUUCGGAAAGGCGAAAAGUGAGGGGCAGAUGCCCCAUGAACAGCAAGACUUGGUCUUUCAAGAACUCUCGGGACGGUUGGUUCAGUGGCGAUUGAAUGCUCCCAAGUGCAUCCAACAGGUCGGUGGAUUGGAUGAUGAGAGCUUGAAGCAGUACCCAUACCCUCAAAUUUUAGAGUAUGCGGGGUGUAUCGAGUCUUACGAGAAAGCGACCAUUAUCUACUUGCACAAGGUCGCAGGGGCUGACCGUCCAGACCGUGUUCCUCAGAGAGCUCUGCUAGACAUGCUUGCGACACGGAUCCUAAGUUUGAUUGGGAAGCUUGCCAAAGACGUUGGCCAACUGGCAGUUCUGUGGCCUCUGUUCACCGCAGGGCGCGAGACUCGGGAUGAGCGGGAGCAAAAGUAUGUGCGGGAAACAAUGAUCAACCUACAACGGUUUGGAUUCAAGAAUGUCGAAAAGGGCCUUGAGGAACUAGAGAAAGUAUGGUUCAAGCAACGCGCCUUUCCAGAAGGGUGGAUAGAAAGGAUGGAGGACGUUCGGUCCUCGAUUCUUCUUCCAUAAGACGCACAUAGUUGAAACGACCUAUGAGGCUUUGAUAUAUAUGGCGAGGCCUGAAUACCAGGUACAUGAGGCGAUCGUCUCCUCGCCGAUUUCACAUACACUCCAACGCAUAACUAAGGAGGGUAUCAUCUUCUCAUAUCUCUUUUUGAUUUUUAUUAGCGAUGGUCGGGUCUCUGCAUUCUGAUCAAGCGAAAACACUGGCGUUAAGGGGCGCGGAUAACCAUCGGACAGGGCCGGACCCUAUGAAUCUGAUUCGUGCAAGUACUAAUAAUGUUUGGGUCAUCCUGUAAAGUCUCUCGCUACUGGAUACCAUGGGCCAUGUCUGGCCUUACUCAUCUACAGGACGAGACCUCGACAUGGGCAACAUGGGGUUAUUGGACAUUAAACUUGGAACAUACGGCGGAUAGAUUGGCGUUUUCUUGAGAAUAAAUUGAAA